GGGUACCGUUCUCACUCGUUUCGAAGGUGAGGAUCGUGACGAUGCCGAACAAAGACUUGCGAAGAAAGAAGCUUAUGGAAAAGAGCUUCGCCAGCAAAUUUUAGAGACCCAGCAGAAAAGAAAACAGCAAUUGGAACAGAGUAAAUUUUCUCGUUGCACAUCGCUAGAGACAAAGGGAGGAGGAAAAAAUGUCAGCGAAACUUCUAUUCUGAACAGUGCGCCAGGGGUAGGAUCCCUUGAUGUAUCAUAUACUCAGAAACACUUCAUAUUAGGCGAAAGUAACACGGUAAAAGAGGUUGGAAACGGAAAAACGUCAGAUUGUUUCAGCUCAGAAAGUAACUCUGCCAAUUCAUUAUCCCAGAAUAGGGGUUCUAUUGCAAACAAGGAUGCCAAAGUUAAGUAUGCAGAAGAACUGAAGAAACAAAUAGAGGAGAUGAGACUUAAAAAGGAGCUCCAAAAGAAAAGUGAUGAGGAGUAUGACCGGAAGAUACAAGCAGAAUGUGCUAAGUAUGAUGCUUCCAGUCAAAUGUCCAUAAGCGGCAAUCAAACUGCAGGUGUGUACAAUUUGGAAAGUACAUUGAAUGGAGAUUCAAAAGCAGAAUCAAAGUAUGCUCGCGGCGGGCACGGGAUAUUCGGUAACCCUUUGACAGCGGACCAAAAAACAACUCUCCAAAAGUACAAAGAAGACCUGGCACUACAGAUAGCGGAGAAAAGACGCAAGCAUGCAGAACAAAUGGAGAGAGAAAAAGAGGCAGAACGGCGUGAGUCUGAGAGACUGCUUGCCGAGCAAAAGAAAAUGCAGAAAGAGUUUGAAGAAGAGAGAAUACGCAUGAAAAUGAACUGUGAACAGUUGAAAGAAAGUGUAGGGACUCAAAAUUCGGAAUCAGAUAGGAAAAUGUCAUUCAAAGUGCCCCCAACGACAUGUCCUCGAGAAUCUGCCUUAAGUUGUCAGCAGAAAAAGUAUCAGAGGUUAGAGCAAAAAGAUACUACCGCCGAAGGAGGAACAAGAAGAGAGAGUAACCACGAUGAUGAAUUGGUAUUAGACCCAGAUUUACCGACAUGGGCUUUAGGAGCGGAUCGAGAUUAUGCUAAAUCCGAUCCUGCCCCUGCUACGGAGGCUCAAUCAUCAAUCAUCGACCAACUUAAGCACUUUCGAGAGCGACUGAGCGCAGAAAGGCAACGAAUCAACGAUACCUUGAGUAGACGCCGUGUGGCGGAGAAAAUUGAUGUCCAGUCUCUAGGAGCACAUGAGGGCGAAAUUAAUAAAGUACAUCCUAAAGUGUCUAAGAAAGGAACCGCAUUAUUUACCACUCCUAGUCAAUUCGACCAAAGUGACGGAAAAGGAGAAACUGACGGAAUUAGGCGGAAUGAAGAGUUGUUGACUGAAAACUCGGUCGAGGAAACUUUUGAUAAACUAAACGAUCGGAAACUUCAGUGCUUGAGGGAGAAAGAUAACAGUGAAGGAGUAAAGCGAACUGUGAGUAAAUUGCCAAUACUAGAUCAUAAAAACAACCGGUGGGGUGCGAGGAAAUAGUGGCCUGCAGCCAGAAAAGGUGCCAACCGCCACCGGAGUUGAGUGAUUGAGAUGUUCAAUUUCGAACAUUAUGAGAAAGUAAAAGCAUCGAGGAAGCGUGUAUUUACCGAACGAUGAAGGUACAAACUGAGAGUCCACAUCAAAUAGUCCAGAGACAAUUGAUUCCACAUUGUCUGGUAACCUACGAUCUACCACGUUGAUCUGUGCCACACACCCUAAUGGAUGAUAAAAAUUUGUACCUGCGCC